AGGCGUCGAGUGAUGAACGAAAGUCCACGAAAAUGAAGGAGCUGUUGGCUGUGAUAUCGUUGUUAGUAAGCGGGGCGGUAGCGGAGCCCCCGGCGCCCUACGCGCCGAGCGGGUGGAGGCCUGACGGACCUGCCUUCGUGUUGCCUCAGAGAGGACAAGAACAGCAGCCAUCACAAUACCUUCCACCGGCAGGCCUACCUUUAGACCCUCGGAACCCAAACACCAACGUGGAAUACGGAACUCCUCAAGAGGAAGACGUAUCAGUCCAGGGUCUACCUCCUCAGAGGGAGGAGGUGCCUUUCUUCCAAAGGUCACCGGUGAACGGCAGGCAGAACGUUGGACAGGCUUUCAAUUCUGAUCUGCAGAAUCUGGAUCAAGGAUUGAGGCAGACUCAGUACCAAGAACAACAGCAACGCUACCGCGAAUUCGAAAGACAGCGACAAAGAGACGUCCAGCUCGCUGCAAACCGGCUCCCCAAACCCCAGAUCCCUGCCCAAUUCGCCCCCAGAACCACUUCGACAACCGAAGCACCAACUACCGAAGCUACCACACCAGUAACCACUACAGAACUAAAUUUAAAUGAAGGAGAAACCUUGGAUGAUGAUGAAAAAGACCCUAAAGUUUCAGUAGAAAAACAAAAGAUUCAAGAGUAUCCAGGAGAACUGUUCUUAAGUUCUCUAGCUCAGUUACAAUUGCAGCCACAAUUUGUUCCUUUACAGCAGUUUGGUCAGCUAAGAUCACCUCUGUAUUUGCAACCUGUUCAGUCACAAAAGCAAGUCGCUGGGUUUGAUGCUCAGACCCAUUUCGCUGCUUUACCUUCGAUUAUAGCUCAGCAGCAACUGCAGCAGCAGAAAGUUGAGCAAGGUUUCCAAAGUCCUGCUUUGUUGGUAGCUCCUCAACCUCAGCCUCAGAUUCAACCUGUGACUGCUUAUCAACAGCCGCAAUUCCAAGCAGAGCCAGUUUCAGUGCAACCAGCUCAGGCAGUACAGCCUCAGGGUUUCUAUGGACAGCCUAAUGCUGAACCAGUUCCUCAAUACCAAACUGUGAAUGCUUUCCCUCAGCAACAAUUACAACCUGUUCCACAGUUUACCACACAACCAGUAGUGUUACAGCCUCAGAGUGUCAACCAACUGCAACCAGCUCAAUUCCAGCCUCAACCUCAAGAAGUAGAUCAGUACCAACCCCAGACGGUUCAGUUCCAACCUCAGCCACAACAACCCAAUCAGUAUCAACCUGCGACUGUCCAAUUUCAACCUCAACCAGCUCAAUUUCAGCCUCAACCAGCGCAGUUUCAGCCUCAAGCAGCUCAGUUCCAACCCCAGCCAGCGCAAUUCCAGCCCCAGCCGGCUCCAUUCCAGCCCCAGCCAGGCCAAUUCCAGCCCCAAUCUGACCAAGAAAGUCGAGACGUCGAAUCAAACGACCAGCCCCAGUUAUAUCAGCAACCAUUCGUUGUCCCAGCUAACCAAUACCAAGCUCAAUUUCAACCCCAACCUGGUUACAUUCAAGCCCAGCUUAUAAACUACCCUGGGCAAGAUUUAGCGCAAUUACAACAACAACAGCAAGCGCAGUUAUUUCAGCAACAAGCGCAAUUUGAGCAACAAACUCAAUUCCAGAAUAAAGGCCAAAGUCCAGAUGCUCUCCAAAGUGGUCUAGAUGUAAACCAGCAAGGGAAUGACCUGGAUGAACCCCAGGAUCAAGAAGACAGCCAGGAUGAAGGGAGAACAGCCACAGCAGUCGCCACGGCCUUUGGAGCAAGGACUCAGCCCCGUGUUCAACCACAAUAUGGCUCCCCCUACCCCGUGCCGAGAGUGCAAGCGGCGCCAGGAUCCAUCACUACUACCGAAUCGACUGUAGAGGAUGUGACUGAUGAUGGGCCAGUGGUAGCUCAGGCUGUGGCCAUUGCUGAUGGCAACAGGAAGAAGAGCGCUAAGCUAAGGAGUCGUCGCGUCCGUCCGGUUUUCACAUUGGACAGAUCAGGACACUUGGUAUUGGCACAAGGACAAUGAACAAACCGACAGCAAUACAAUAGACAUUAAGAUACCAUUGUAAUUUUUGACAGAACUUUGAUAAUAUCAUAAUUGCUUGGCCAUUGGAAAGUUAAAUAUUGAAUUGAAAAGUCAAACCGUCUAUUCGCAACUUCUAUUACAUUAUGGGAACAUUUUGUCUCUUUCUGAUAAUAUUGUUUCAUUUUAUAUCACGCUUUUAUUAAUUCGCUUUAUCAUUGUGUACAUUUUUUUGCCAGCGAGUGUACAGUUUAUUUCAAAUUAGUUUCUGGAUUCGAUUCAGUUUAGAAUCGACGUAAAAAUAUGAAUUUAACCACUCUAAGAGUGAGUUACAUCAUUUAAUUUUAGUAAUAACUAGCCGUGAAAAUGUCGUCCAUUGGUCAAAUCGGUUAGACAUUUGAAAAUGGUUCGGUUAUAGUUAUAGUUA